AUGAUUAAGAACACGCUGCUGUUUCCUUAUCAUCUGUUCAAAUUUGCCUAUGGCAAGUUCUCGAAAUUAACUUUCAGAACUAAAAUUUACAUGGGAUUAGCAGCUGGAGGAUUAAUGUUAUGGCCUAGUUAUAGUAGAGCCCCUGCCCUUAGGGCUGAAAAUAUACAUAAAAGAGCCAUCACAGAUUACGUUUACAUGGAUAUAUCGAUGGACAACAGAUAUUUGGGAAGGAUUCUUAUUGGUCUUUACGGCCGCCUUUUACCUCUCACUGUCGAGAAUUUUAUCCACAUGUGUAAGGGUUUCCACGUUAAGGAUAAGAUAAUUGGCUAUUAUAACACGAGAUUUGAUAAGAUUGUUCCUGGAAGAGCCAUUUUAGGUGGUAGAUUAUUUGAUCACAAAAGCUCGUUAGAUUCAUGUACUAUAUAUUCCAGACGAAUACCUGAAGAAUCUUUUGAUACAACAUUUGUUCAAGAGGGAGAUGUGGCCAUGGUUAGUGAUGGCCCUCUCGGAGUUUCUUCUAGAUUUUUAAUAACCUUGACUAAUAAUCCUGGAUUUCAGCAAAAAGCUGUUGUUGUUGGAACUGUUGUUAAAGGAAUGAAACUAAUAAGGAUGGUAUCCCAUCACGGUGCUUGUUCAUCCCCUCCGGGGGACUUAGUUAUAUAA